UCCUAGCUUACUCCGCGUCUGCCGGUAGCUGAUUAGUUUCCACAGUUGGAGGCAGGCAGAGAGACAGAAGGGGGUUCAGGAUGGCGACGCUUGUGGAAGUGGCGGACCCUGAGCCCACUUGUAGUAGCAAUCUAAUGUCUUCUUCAUCCUCUUCAAGCCUUUCUCACCGAUUUCUUGACAAUAAGUUUUAUCUGCUGGUGGUCAUCGGAGAAAUGGUCACAGACGAUCAUCUAAGGUGUGCCAUUGCAGAUAUUGAGCGAGGAAUUCGGUCAUGGGACACCAAUCUCAUUGAAUGCAAUCUGGAUCAAGAACUGAAGCUCUUUGUAUCUCGACACUCUGCGAGAUUUUCACCAGAGGUUAGAGGCCAGAAGAUCCUGCACCACAAAAGUAAUGUCCUAGAAACUGUAGUUCUCAUCAACCCUUCAGAUGAAGCCGUGUGCACCGAGGUCCGUUUGAUGAUUACUGAUACUGCAAGACACAAGCUUCUAAUCCUGUCGGGACAGUGCUUUGAAAACUCAGGAGAGCUUAUUCUACAAUCUGGCGCAUUUUCGUUUAAAAAUUUCAUAGAUAUUUUCACGGAUCAAGAGAUUGGUGAACUACUGAGCACGACACAUCCAGCAAACAAAGCCAGUCUGACUUUAUUUUGUCCAGAAGAGGGGGACUGGAAGAAUUCAAGCUUGGACAAACACAAUCUGCAAGACUUCAUCAAUAUCAAAUUGAAUUCCCCAUCUAUCCUACCUGAAAUGGAAGGACUUUCAGAAUUCACUGAAUAUCUGUCUGAAUCUGUGGAAAUUCCCUCCCCAUUUGACAUCCUGGAGCCUCCAACCUCUGGUGGCUUCCUGAAACUCUCUAAACCGUGCUGCUAUAUCUUUCCUGGUGGAAGAGGCGACUCUGCACUUUUUGCAGUCAAUGGGUUCAACAUGCUUAUCAAUGGAGGGUCGGAUCGCAAGUCAUGUUUUUGGAAGCUUGUACGACACUUGGACCGAGUAGAUUCAAUACUUCUGACCCACAUUGGAGAUGACAACCUCCCAGGAAUCAACAGCAUGCUGCAGCGCAAAAUUGCUGAAGUAGAAGAGGAGCAAUCACAAGGAUCAACAGCAAAUAGUGACUGGAUGAAAAAUCUAAUCUCUCCUGAUUUAGGAGUUAUAUUUCUUAAUGUUCCAGAGAACCUCAAAAUCCCAGAGCCUAAUUAUAGAAUUCGGAGAAGCAUUGAAGAAGCAAAUCUCACAUUGCAAUAUUUAAACAGAUUAUCUUUGAAGGCCGAACCACUAUACAGAGGAGUGGGUAAUACCAUAGAUCCGAUUAUUCUUUUUCAGAAAAUGGGAGUGGGUAGACUAGAAAUGUAUGCAUUAAACCCUGUAAAAAAUAGCAAAGAGUUACAAUACUUCAUGCACCAGUGGACUGGCAGCAGCAAGGAAACUGCUUCAGUAUUGCUACCAGAUGGGAAAGAAUCUGAGAUUCCAGUCUCUCACCUGACUUCCAUUUCAUCUUUGAUUGUAUGGCAUCCCACUAACCCAAGUGAAAAGAUUAUUCGCGUUCUGUUUCCAGGCAAUGCAACUCAGCAAAGUAUCUUAGAGGGUCUGGAGAAACUCCGACAUCUAGACUAUCUCAAACAACCAGUGGUCACGCAAAAGGAACUUAAAGAAAACACAGGAGCCCAGAGUUUAAAACAAGCAAAGACAAAACACAAAACAGACAGCAAAGAAAGCCUAAAAUCAAUAUCAAGACCAUCUUCUGUCAAAGGAGUCAGGAAAGAGUCAAAAGAAGAAACACCAGAAGUCCAAAAAUCAACUAUAGAGGCACAGCAAGAAAAGCCGCACAAGGAAGACAAGAAGGAAAGGCCUCUUGUCAAAAAGGAAAAACCAAAGGUGGUGGCAUCAGACAAAGAAGUGCAAGGAAAACCAGAGCAGCCAGCCAAGGUAGAGAGUUCUGAGAAACAAAAGACUGAGAUCAAGUCCAGAGUUGCAAAAGAAAAAGUGGUCAAAAAGGAGCCGAAAGUUCAGAAAGUUGAAGAAAAGAAAAAAGAAGAAAAGGAGGUAAAAAAAGAAGGCAUCAGGAAAGAGGAAAAAGUCAUCACUGGCAAAGAAGAGCAGAUUGUAAAAGAAGGAAUGAAAAAAGAACUUAAAAAAGAACUAAAACGUGAUGUGAAGAGGGAAGGAAAGAAAGAAGUAAAGAAGGAGAUACCAAUGAAGGAAGCAAAAAAGGAUGAGAAGAAAGACGAGGUUAAAAAGGAUGUAAAGAAACUCUCUAAAGACACAAAAAAAGCAGCUGCUGCACAAGGAGAUGCCAAAAAACUUGUGCCAAAACCAAAAAUACAAAAGAAAGAAGAGGCUCCAAAGAAGGAGGUGGGCAGUAUGGGAAAGCCAAAAGACAAAGCUAAGACUAAACCUCUCAAGAAAGACAGUAAGCCUAGUGAAGCCAGGCCACUGGCCACUGCCGCUGCUUCUGCAGCAGCAGCAGCAGCAGCAGCAGCAGCAGCAGCAGCAGCAGUCAGUGAGCUAGAUAAAGAAGUGACAGCCGCCACUGUGGAAGUUCUGGAAGCAGAACGGUCACUAAUGUCUACACCUGAAGAUCUCACCAAAGACUUUGAAGAACUCAAGGCACAAGAAAUAACUGAUAAUGUUAUGACCAUGCCAUCUGAACAGUCUCCAAAUAUUUUCGAUGAGCCAGUUGUUAUAGUCCACCGGGAAGACAUAGUGGCCAGCAAGACCUCUCCAGAAACUGGGCCUGUUGAAUCUCCAGAUGAGGGAAUAACAACCACUGAAGCUGAAGGAGAGUGUGAACAGACUCCAGAUGAACUAGAGGCUAAGGAAAACAUUAACGAAGAUGAUAACAAUGAAAAGUUUGAAGAUGAGGGUACAGGCUUUGAGGAGACAUCUGAAAUGGGUGACUAUGAGGAGAAGACAGAGACUGAUGGUGUAGAGGAAGAAAACAAGGAGGCCAGUGUUGAAAGUGCAUUCAUUUUGAAGGGGGAAAUAGCUGGUGCCAGAGCAGAUGACUUCAUUGAUGCACACAAAGACAACCAAAUGUCAUUUAUAACAGACAAGGAAACCACCAAGGAAUAUAAACAGACAGAUGAUGAUUUGGAAGAAGUAUCUGAGAAAGAAGAGACUGAAGAAGAAGAGACAGAAUGUGAUAAAAAAGAUAUGAAACAUGUAAAAGAUAAAGAAUCUGAGGAAGACCAUGACAGUGACCAUAUUGAUGUAAAAGUGAAAGACACCUUGCCAGUCGCAACUCCACCCAAACUUUCUGCACCUCAGUCUCCUGCUAUGGAACAUGCAUCUAUCCAUGAUGAAACACUUCCUUUGGGAUCUGAAAGUGAAGCCACUGCCUCGGAUGAAGAGAACAGAGAAGAACCACUAGAGGAGUUCACUGCAACUUCAGGCUACACACAAUCUACGAUUGAAAUUUCUAGUGAACCCACACCUAUGGAUGAAAUGUCAACACCAAGAGAUAUUAUGAGUGAUGAAACAACCAAUGAAGAAUCUGACUCUCCAUCUCAAGAUUAUGUCAAGUUCAAAAUGACAGAGUUUUCAAAUGGUUUUGAUAGAACCAAACUCUCACCUCUUCCUGCUAGUUCCAAUGAAUCAUCAUCAGACUAUUCAAAAACAGGUGCCACAGAAGGUAGGGAUUACCAACAUUCUGCUUCAACAAUUUCACCACCUUCAUCAAUGGAAGAAGAUAAAGUGUGCAAGAUACUAGAACGUGAAAUACAUGCCGCAAAGGAUAAGGAAGAAGAAUCUGAAUUAACUUUUAGUACUCCAGACAAAUUAACACUUGAUACUAAAAUUAGUCCAGCUACUCUGUCACCACUAGCUAAAACUCCAACAAGUGAACGAAGUGUAAACUUUGAUUUGACUCCAACUGCAAUUGCCAAACCUAUUGAAAUGGGGAUUACGUCUACUGAAGUUACUGGUGAAACAGUUGAACCUACUAUUAGCCCUGAUGAUAAAACAUUAGAAGUUGCCUCUCCUCACUCUACUCCUGGAAGUGCAGGACAUACUCCUUUUCAUCAGUCACCAGUAGAGGAAAAGACCAGUAAUCUGCCUGUUAAUGCUGAAGAAAAAAUCACCAGCCCAACUAUAGUGGCACCACUUAGUGGACAAGAGAAACUCUUAGAUGAUAGAAUCAGUCCAAUGGAUGAACCUGUACCAGAUGCUGCUUCACCCUUUGAAAAGGUUCUUUCUCCACUCCGCAGUCCACCACCAAUUGGGUCUGAAUCUUCAAUGGAAGGCAUUUUGGAUAUUAAACCACACUUGGACAGUGUUGAGCUACCCACCAAGAGCAAUAAUGAAGAUAACAAAUCACCAACUAGCUUGAAUCCAUUUCUUGAUUAUUCUUCGGAAAGUUCGUUUAGCUCUUUACAAGAGAAACAAAAGAUUUUGGAUGUGGAACCUUGCCUCAAAGAAGAGAAGACAUAUGAGAGUGCAAUAACUGCAAGUAAAAUGCAGGAACCUUAUCAUUCAGUGAAGCCUCCAUCAGAUAUAUCUCCAAUUUUACCUGAGUCAUGUCAGUUUGGAUCAUUUAAAGAGGAAAGCAAGAUGUCAAUUUCUGAAGGAACCACUUCAGAUAAAUCAGCCACUCCUGUUGAUGAGGUGGUGGCAGAGGAUACAUUUUCACACAUAGAGGGUGUAGCUUCUGCCUCAACUGCUUCCCUUGCCACAAGCUCCUUCCCAGAACCAACAGCAGAUGAUGUGUCUCCUUCACUACAUGCUGAGGUUGGCUCACCACAUUCCACAGAAGUGGACGAUUCCUUAUCUGUGUCUGUUGUACAAACACCAACUGCAUUCCAAGACACCGAGAUAUCACCAUCUAAAGAAGAAUGCCCAAGACCGAUGUCAAUUUCUCCAGAUUUUUCACCAAAAACAGCCAAAUCAAGAACACCUGUUCAAGAGAUGAAGUCUCCAGAACAAUCAACCAUGUCUGUAGAAUUUGGCCAGGAAUCUCCAGAUCAUUCUUUAGCACUGGAUUUUAGCAAACAGUCUCCAGAGCACCAAGCCCUUAGUGCCAGUGCUGUUCACGUCACAGAAAAUGGACCCACAGAAGUAGAGUACAGCCCUACUGAUACUCAUGAACUGGCAUUUUCAGAAAAAUCAAACAUUCUUCAAGACAAAACAAUGCCUUUCCAAGACACUGAUUCACCUCACAUUUCAGCUUCUCCGUCAGAAGCCUCUCAGUCAACAUCAUCAGGUCGUACGCCUUCACAAGUAGCUUCUCCACUGCGUGAGGAACAUAUUUUGGAUGCCUCUGAACCAUCCCACAUUUCAUUAUUUGGGCUUGGAAGCUGCACUAGUGCAGAAAGUGCAACACUUAAAGCCGAGGAAUUUUUACCACAUCAAGAUAAAUCUCCAGUCACACCAAAACCAGCUUCCAGUACUUACUCUCCUAUUUCUCCAGAUUCAUCACUUGUAUUAGGAGGUUCAGCUGCACCAGAAGGUUUGCCUUUUGAGCCUGAAGAAGUCCAGCAGAAGCAGAGCAAGUCCCCCAUUAACCUAAAGAGUCCUUCUCCUGAAGUGGAAAGCUAUUCUACUUUUCCUAUACAACGUUCAGAUGAGCCCUUGAAAAAAGAGGAGUCUCCUGUUAGUCCUAAGGAAGCAUCUCCCUUAUAUUCACCAUUGUCAUCUCAUUCUUCAUUUUGUGCAGAAACAUCUAUAAAACAGGAAAGCUCUCCAGUUAAAAUAGAUGAUGCUAGUCCAAAAGAAGCUAAAUCCCCUAUAACUUCAAAACCAACGUCUCCAGCAUAUUUGUUUGGCUCUCCCGAGUCAUCGUUUGCCCUCAGAAGUCCAGCACCACCUGAAACACUGUCGUUACAAACCAGUGAAUUGUCACCUGAAAAUAUCAAGUCUCCUCAAAGUCAUAAACAACCGUCUUAUGACCAUAUAUAUUCUCCCGAUUCAGGUGACCGUAAAGAAAAAAGCAGUCCAUCUGAUUAUUCAUCAACAUAUUUGUCAUUACAGAAAUCAAAAUCUGAAGUGGAAAAGCAAGAGACAAAACUUCAAGACACAAUGAAAAGCAUGGAGAAAUCCCCGGGCGAGGAUCAAAGAAAGCAGGCUCUUUCACCUAAAUCUAGAAGUGAUGUUGAUUUAUGCUUGGUGAAUGCAUGUGAAUAUAGGCAUCCUAAAACGGAACUCUCUCCAUCGUUUAUCAAUCCAAGCCCUCUGGAAUAUUUUGCAAAUGAGGAUGAUUCCCAAAAAGAUGAGAGGCCUUUAACUCAAGCAAGUGGAGGACCACCCCCAUCAGGAGGAAAACCACACUCUAGACAGUGUGAUGAAACUCCACCAACUUCAGUCAGUGAGUCCUUGCCUUCUCAAACAGAUUCUGAUGUUCCUCCAGGAACCGAAGAAUGCCCCUCUAUUACAGCAGAUGCGAACAUUGAUUCUGAAGAUGAAUCUGAAACCCUUCCAACUGACAAAACUUUAACCUACCGGCAUGCCGAUCCCCCACCAAUUCCGCUGAGAGACCCAGCUCCAUCCCCUCCUUAUCCUGAUGUCUGCAUGGUGGACCCUGAAGCUAUACCCUCAGACCAGACAGUGGGGAAAUCAUUGAAAAAAGAUGCCAAGGAUAAAACUAAGAUCAAGAAACAAACCGUCAAGACAAAGUCAUCAUCACCAGCACGAAAAAGUGACAAGCCAAAACUUUCAGGAGUGAACUCAAAGACUAUGGCUGUUAAAGACUCAUUAGACAAGGUUUCCAAAACAGGUUCUCCAAAAAAGAAAGACAAUUUAGUAACCAAGUCAAGUGCCAAUGGAGAUAUAAACCAUGUUGAGGAAAAGGAUGCAAAGAAUGCUACUAAUACUUCCACUUCAAGGGUUACAAAAAGUGCCACUACAGGCCCUGGAAGCAAUAAAACAUUAGGAAGUGGAAAUGGACCAUCUGGAUCCUCAUUUUAUCUAGACCUGGUUUACAUUCCGAAUCAUUGCAAUGCUAAGAAUGUGGAUGCGGAGUUCUUCAAACGUGUGCGGUCUUCUUACUAUGUUAUAAGUGGGAAUGACACGACAGCUGAGGAGCCUAGCAAGGCUGUUCUGGAUGCCCUGCUUGAAGGAAAGGCCCAGUGGAGUAAUAACUUACAGGUGACCUUAAUCCCCACCCAUGACUCAGAUGUAAUGAGGGAGUGGUACCGGCAGACUCAUGAAAAACAACAAGACCUAAACAUCAUGGUUUUAGCCAGCAGCAGUACCGUCGUCAUGCAAGAUGAAUCUUUUCCUGCUUGCAAAAUUGAACUGUGAUGCCCAUGACUCUUUUCAUUGUAAACUCCAGUGAAAAAUGAAAAUGCCCAGUCAGGAAUGAAGCCAGUACAUGAAAGGACCCACCCAAAAAAUAAAUAAAUAACAGCUACAUACUCUCAGUGAUGCAAGUCACUAAACUAACCUCGUCUCUGUUAGCCGCUAAAGCAUCAGCUCCCAAAACAGAUUUCAGACUAGUGCUGCACGAUACCCGACGCAAAAGGCCGCUAUAAGCCUUUGAUGCCACUAAAUGUGAAGGACCUCAUAAGCAAAUUGGUCCUGUAGGUCUGUGGUAAAUGCAGUCCACGAGUGCCCGAGCAAUAGUUUGAAUCCUGUUUGGGGGCUAAAUGAUGUACAAAAAUCAAUUACCCCAAGGCAUGCUCCCUAAGAAACAGCUUAAACAAACAGUGUUCCUUUCAGUCAUGCCAUCUUUCUGUUUAACCCUGAAAAGCCUGCAUGACCAUAAACAUCUGAAAGCAGCAAAAAGGCUACUAAAAUAUAGCAAAGACCAAAGGAUGAGGGAGUACACAGUUCUGGAAAAUUUGCCUUAGAAAGUGACUUGAAUGUAAAAAAAAAAAAUCUAAAAAACUGAGAAAAUGGAUACUUAAUGCACUUAAUUUUGUAAUGUGAAACAGCAGGUGUUUUAAUUCAAUGAACAAAAAAGUCAAUAACAAACAGCCAUUUAGGACAAACGUUUAUACACUAGUGCUGAAGUUUGAGUGCGCAUUUAGUUUGUGGUUCCACAUUCCUAUGAUAAUCUCAGCUGAAUCGUUCAUUUAUUGAUUGAUUGGUUGCUUGCUUGAUUCAUGAUUUGUAAGAGCCUUUUAUAAAUGACUCACAGCAAAAAAAAAAAAGAAAAAGCCUUUUAAUCGGUACAUACAUGAAGAGGUUGGCUAUGAGUAAUUGAAGAUUUGUUUUAUUUUUUUGAUUUUUUAAUGUUAUGAUUAGAGAUCCUUUUGGUUUCUGUGAAUUUUACUAAUGGACGGGGCAACAUUUCAAGUCUGUUUUAAUGUACAAAAAAUGCACUUGUGUAACCAUGAUGGCAGCUGAAAGCCACGUAAUGGGAUUUUGUGAGUUUCUCAUUUCUUGGACUUUUUGUGUUUUUAAAUUUUUUUGUUGUAGUUGCCAAGUUUUUCUGUUUUGGUGUGUGUUACACAGCUGUCUCCCUAUGGAGUGGCCUUGUUUGAUCGCACUGUAUUGUUCAUUUCAAUGAUUGUUUACUAUUGCAUUUGUUUUGCACUCGUAUGUUUGCACUUCAGUUGGACAUAAGCCUUUUCGCCUAGAAUCAUCUUAAUACAACAGAUACGACAGAUCAUUUCAAGUUUAGUAGGAGACUGCCAUUAUUAUAAGUUUCUUUUUGGCAAUAUUUGUGAGGAAAAUGUUUGAUUUUAAGACCGUUCUGGGACUGUGACAUCUCCCAGGACCAAAUUUCAUUUCCUUGGCAGGUCACCAGAUGGGGAUUGCAUGUUCUCCCCAUUUUUUAUUUAGUACUCUGGUUUCCUCCCUAGAUUUGUGUAUAUGUUCAAUUCACUUCUAUUUCUAAAAUGGCCUUUGUAUUAGCAGGAGCACCCUCAGUGGACUACCAUCCCAUCCAAGGAUGACUCCCUGUGAAAGUGGUAAUGUGGAAAAUGGGUAGACAGAUCCGUAAUAUUUUAACAGUCUGUUUUUGACAUGGUACAUAGAAAAUAAUUUCUCUCAUCCAGAACUUGUUGGCCAUAAAAUAGGGACUGUCUUCCCUUGACCCAGAUCAUUCUAAAUUAGUACAGAAAGCAGACAGCAAAAGACACGUUUUCAAGUAGGAUUUGUUUUUGUUUAUAAACCUUCGGGAGAUUAGUUUAAAUUUAUUACACACACUAAAUUGUUACCCUUUACCUUCUGCUUUUUGCUGCCUGUAACAGUAUUUCCAAAGAAAAACGACGAGUGACUCCAAAUGUUGACCUCAUUAGGUAUUUCUUUUAUGGAAUGCUGUUUUCUGUUUUAUCCAGUGCUGACCGAUUUGUUUUUAUUAUAUUAACUACACUCUUUAACAGAAAUAUGAUGUCGAAAAACAGUUGGAUGACUGAAAAGAUUAUCUUUUAUAACUAUAUUAAUCUGUCCAAUUUGAAUGAUGUCAAAAUUUUGAAUCUGCACUUUUUUUAUUUUACAAUGGUACAUUGAAGGAAUGGAAGUCCUGAUUGUAGUUCUUUAUUUAUAAACAAUUUUGAUUUUCAAAAUGAGAAUUUUUAGGAUCAUUAAUUUGUAUCUGAAUGUGAUUUUUAUUUAUUUAUUUUUUAAGGAAUGGCAAAAAUGAUGAGUAAGUUGAUUUCUGGAUGAAUGGAGAGCCGAUUGUACAAAAUUAUAUGUUAACUUUAGUAUUGUGUCUUCAGUCGAAGGAGAUUUUUGCAAAGUUUUGAUUAUGCUGAAGAGUGCAUGUCUGUGAUGCACCUCAGGAAAGCGACUCUUUACAAGGCCACCUUGCCACAAGUGCUCACCUCCUCUAUUUUUUUUAAUGAACCUGUAGGGAAUGAGCACAUAACUUUUACAUCACGUAGUCUGUGUUCAGAUAUGAGACACAGUCUACAUAGAUAAAUGGAGUCUUUCUUUUCCAGAUUUUUGCAUUUGUAUAAAGGUGUAUUGAUGGGCAGAGACAUUACUGGGUGAACACAGCUGGUUGUGACCAGGAUGGCAACUUUUUCUGACCUUGGGGUUCGUCUUAAACUUUCCACAUGAGCCUGCAGUUAACAAUACUUUAAUGUGGGGCCAUACCAUUAAAUACAACAGAUUAGCAUUUAAAGUAAAUGCUUUCAGUGGGGGCUGCAAAUGCAACCAUGGGUGCUGUAGAUCUCACUUUGAAAAGCUGUAAACUGAAAUAAAUGCUAUAUCCCACUCUUGUGUUUCAAGUUUUCAACCCACAUAGUAUUAAUAAACUAUUAAACAAGUAAAAUCACCCAAGCUCCAUAACACUUAUAGAAGCAUCUUUCAACUGUACCAAAUAAUAAUCAAUUUUCAUCAUAAGAGAUAAAAAUCUAAAGAGUUGCACCACUGAAUACGUUGUCUAAAAAGCUUUCCGCUUUUAAAACUUCCAGAGAAAGAAAAUGACUGAGUAAUUAUUCAUGGGACUGGGAUACAAAAUAUUUUACCUCUUGGCUGUACUUAAAGGUACAUAACGGUUCACACUAAUUUUUUUCCCCAUCCCAAAGCUGUAAAUGGAAACGAUCCUUUCUCCCCGCCGCUCAGUGUUCACAUCUUUCUUUGCAUGUUCUUAUGGGGGCUGGAUGGCCCUAAUAGGACUGCAAGACUGGUAACAUCAUUAGCACAGCAACAGUUCAUUUUUGUUUCAUACCUGCAUGAAUGUUUUCUUGCCAUGAUACUAAAUAGUCACACCAGUUCUAGUUGCCAGCUGAGAGUCACCUAACACUAUUGUCUCUCCUCUGAAUGAUUGUUUGUGUGUUCAUCAGCGGCAGUGUAUGGUAUUUAUGUCUUAUAAUCCUGCAUCAUUCAACUCUACUCUAUUCAAUUCUAUCCUAUUCAGUCAUAUCUAAUGUAGAAUUUAGUUUCCAGUGAAAGUAUUAAGUAGUGCUUCUCUGAUAUUUGUGUGCAAUAUCUCCCUUUCCUGCUGAGGAAUUUGAUGUAAAGGGGCAAUUUAAAAUAAAAAGGGAAAAAAAUUGAUCCACAAUAAAAGCCAUGUGGAAAUGAA